AUGGCUACCCUACCCUACCCACCCCUUGCCUUUCUUUUUCUCCUCCCUCUUCAUGCCUCUUCCCUCUGCCGCUCCUCAAAACGCACCACUACGUCCAUGGGCUCAAACCAGCUCUUUGGGUCCCUCCCAGCGGGCCUCUCAUCAUUGGCCCUGCUCACGUUGCUGGACGUCUCGAGCAACUAUCUCACAGGGCCCAUGGUGGAUCGCUCGAGCAUGCCCGGCGGCACGCGGCACGACUACAGCAACAACUACAUGACAGGAGCGCUGCUGAAAGCCCAGUGCAACUCAGGCGAUCUUCAACUCGGCAUCAACUGCUUCUCCACUGCUGCAGCGGUCUCGUGUGCGCCGCAGCGGCCCGUAGCAGUGUGCGAGGCGUUUUGCGGGCUGGUUGUGAGUAGCCCCACCACGCCGGUUUGUUCCGGCCUGGGAGUCUGCUAUUUGGAAGGGCCGAGCCAGGUUCCCACGUGCCUGUGUCUGAAUGGAGCCGUGCAGGAUGGACGGAUCUACUGCGCCCCUCCAGGGUCCGUUGGGAGAAAAGAGCUGGUGGAGCCAACCUUUCUCACCAAGGGCGUAGUAGCAGCGACAGCAGGCGUGUUCACUGCGGACACUCUCACCCUCUUCUCGUACCGAACGGUUUCCACCGGCUGUGGCACCGACCUGCCAUUCCGAGUCGAGUUCACAUUCUUCAUGCUCCCUACCUCACCAACGUAUAAGGGAGCCAACGGGCUGGCAUUUGUGAUUUCGGCGACGAAUGCGGCCGGGACUGACGGGGAGGGGGGAGGGGUGGGGUACGCUGGCAUGGACGCUCGGAGCAUUGCUGUGGAGUUUGACACGUUCACAGAUGCAGCGCAUGGGGACAUGCAGGGAGAUCAUGUGGGGAUUAACUCCAGAGGCAGCGCCACUUCCAUCAAGGCCGUCCGAUCGCCCUUCCGUCUCAACAACCAGAAGGCCUACACGGCAUGGAUUGACUACAAGCCGGGAAGCCCCGGAGGCCCGGGAACGCUGAGUGUGUAUCUCGCUGGGGAUGAUGUGAAGCCAGAUGUGCCUCUACUGGAGAGCCCUCUGUCGCUGUGUGACGUGCUGCAGCCGACGCCGGCUAACAGGUUCUUCUACUUUGGGUUUGUGGCGUCCUCUGUGGCUCCCUUCCAGCAGCAGCACGCCAUCCUGGUCUCCUUCGUUGAAACAGGGUUGACUCUCCCCACAUCCCGGCCAGUGAAAGAAGGAAACAAACUUUUUACAAACCUCAAAGAAAACCCUAGCUCACUCCCAGUUCUCCUCUCCCCAUUCUCCCCACCCUUCCUGCCUCCCACCCCCCACCCCGCCUCUUCUCCCUCCGCUUGGCCCACCUCGCAAUCCCUUUCCCUUGUUUUCCCCUUGUCCUGCCUUCCCUCCCUUCCCCUCACAAUGCUCCACUGUUCUCCCCUCUUCCAUCCUUCCCCCCCUCCCCUCCCCCUUCCUCCUUCCCCCCCCUCCCACACCCUCCCCCUCUCUCCCCCCCUUCCCCCCUUGGAGGCAGCCUAUGGAUUGGCGGUUUCGGCAGCAACGUUCCGCCCAGCAAAGGCGAGUCCGUUCACGCGGUACGUGAGUGCGGCCUACUCGCUCACGCAGUCGGGGCAGCAGGACGCCUGGCUCCUCCGCGACCCCUCCUCCUGGGAUGUGCCGUGGCUCGCCUGGCCCGUCAAGGACCAGGACGCCUGCAAUGCAUGCUGGGCGUAUGCAGUGGUGGCGAGCAUAGAAGCAGCAUACGGCAUUGCAGAAGCAAAAGCCGCGCCACAACUCUCAGUGGAGUCGCUCUUUGCAGCCAUGGGGCUCACCACUCAAGAAGGGAAGUGCAGCGCUGGAGGCUCUCCGACUGAUGCCUUUGAGAAGCUGCUCUCUCUGCCCAAAGGGGGAGUCGCUCUAGCUGUCAACGCCACUGGCACAGCUGUGCAGCGGCAGCCAGUGGUGGUUCACAUCGAAGCCUCUGCUGCCACAUUCGCCAGAUAUGACGGGACAUACAAGUACCAGGACCCAGCUUGCUAUACAGGCGAGCUGAACCACGUGGUGCUUGUUGUUGGCUACUCCGUUGCCGUGGGGGACAGCGUGCAGAAGCGUAUUCCCCCUCCGUUUUGGAUCAUCCGCAACUCGUGGGGCGCGGGGUGGGGCUAUAAUGGCCACAUGCGCAUGGACAUUCAGGGAGGGGAUGGCGUGUGUGGCAUCAACGUGCUGCCUGGCAUCUACCCCAUUGUCAAGAUUCCCGGGGAUCCAUGUGGCAAGAAGAGUUUCAAGGUCGAUCGAGACGGUGAACCCGCUUUCAACCCGUGCGGUCGCUUCACAUGCAAGGCCCUCGCUAAGAACAAGGGCAACUCCUGCAACAAGUGCAUCAUCCCCAAGUCGCCCAUACAGCCCUUUGUGGAGGUCGCCAAUGGGUUUGGCGCCAAGACAUGUGUUUAUGGUGAGAGACAAGUGUUUGCAGCACCCAUAGAUAUUCUCCCUUUUGAGGCGCCUAAAAAGGCACCCAUAGAUAUCCUCCCUGUGCUGCCGUCCCAACUCGCACUUCUUUCUUGUCCCCCUCCCACCACUGGUGGCACGGCGGCAUGGACGUGCCGGUGGUCCUCCCAUGCUUCAACAAACCUGUCACUUCCCUUCCCCGACCCUCUCACACUUCUUUCUCGUCCCUCGUCCACCGCUCGUGGCACUGUGGCAGUGGACGUGUGUGGGUCGUACUUCAAGAACCCCUGUGCCGUGGGCACAUGCAUCAACGAUGGCAAGGGCUCCUACUCCUGCAUCUGCCCUCCCAACCACGUCCCCAGCCGAACCAUCGAUGACUUUCCCACCUGCGACCCAGCUGGCAGCUUAGCCACCAGCUUGGCAGUGAGUGGCAGCAACUGGGCCUGCGCCGACGUUCAUCCCCUCAUGGGCCUCACGCUCGCCCAGUUCACACAGCAAAACGGGGCUAUCAACUGCAACAAGCCGCUGCUACUGAAUGCGGUGCUCCAGCUGGGCGGCUCUCCUGUCGUCCCCUGCACUGCCUUCUUCUACGCCCUCUCUGGCGACACGUGUGAGUCCAUCGCCUGGAGCAUUGGGCGAUCCGAGUCCGACCUUCUCGAGCUCAACCCCGGGCUGAGCUGCCAGCAGGGUAUCAAGGCGGGGCGAUCCUUGUGCGUUGAACGCAACCCCGAGUUCGCAUUCAAGGUCCCGGAGUGCCUCAAGUUCACCACGCUCACAGCACAGGACUCGUGCGAGCGGCUGCUGGAGAGGACGGGAGGAACCACAUCGGUGGGGGCAUCUGCUUGGGACGAGCUCUACAGGAACAACCCUGGGCUCGGCUGCUCGGGCACUGUCCCUACCGCUGCCUCUGCUGUCGGCAGCAGUGCUGGUGUGCAGGUGUGCCUCAAGGCGGAGUACUGGCCAUUUACACUCGGCAGGUGCACCAAGGGCCGGGCCAAGACAGUGUCGCCAUCAUUGUCGUGCUCCAGUGCUUACAGCUUCUAUGGUGGCACCAUGACAGCUGCGGCUGCCAAGUUCACCGAGUAUAACGGCAAUGCAUGUGCCAAGAACGUUGGAGCCAAAUAUAUGUGUGUGCCACGCUAG